GUUCUUCAGGUUAUUGCAGUAUUUCUCCCACAAGACCGCGACAUAGCAAGUCUCUCCUUGGUCUGCAGGGAGGUCAGAGAGAGAGUCUUGGGCGCGGAAUCUGCAUUUUGGCGGGCUCGAUUCAAAGCAGAGUAUGACCUGCCCAAGGGCCGCUCAAAUGAAGAACUCAGAAGAGAAUACCAAAUUCGAACAAUUGUGCUCCGCCAAGCAAUUGACUUCAAACAGGAAAAGAGCGAUCAUCAAACCUUGUGGAUUGAAGUCAUUCAAACAAUGCUUAUAGAAGCUCUGACCCUGCCUAUCGAAUCUAGUACCUCAAAAAAUUGGGAAAAAAUAAGAGAAACUUUGACGAGAGGAAGAUUCUUAUGCUAUUUGAAAAGAGAACACCCAACUCAGGUAUACUGUGCAGUGCAACUUUGCCUCACUUCACUUGCUCUCGACUCAGAGGUCACCAAAGAAAGUUGUGGUCGAAAUGAUUACGAUUUAGGGGCGGUAUAUUCCUUCAAAUUACCGAUCAACGGUCCGCUGAUCGACCAUGAGCUUCUAGACUUCACUCCUUUCAUACAUAUACAUCAUUUUUGGCAACAUCACUUGAUGGGUUCCUCUGAGAAUACCUUCUAUGAAUCAUUUUCCACUUUGCCCGAUGAACAAAAACCAAAGUCACGGAAAUCAUAUGCCAGCCAUGCUUACACCCCAUGCCAGACAUACUGGCUGGAUAUGAUCGUCAAACUUGGAACACACCUGAGUCAAAUUGAUAUCAUGACACUGGAGAUUGAACACGAGCCAAGCGAGCGAGUUUGGCCUGAUGAAUGCAACAAAAUCAUCCCGCUACUCGGAGGCGAUGGAAUGCAGCGGACAUACUUUCAAGGGGAGCAGUCAACUUUAGGAGGGGACCCGGCCAAUAACCCUGUGUUCGGUUUCACAGAACUAAUUGCCCGUCCUUAUGGAGAUAUCCCCGGAUGGACUCGUAUUUGCUUUGCUAUCUGCGAGGGCAGCAGCGAAAGCGACGAAACUGGAGACACCGAUGACUUUGAUUCUCACUGGGUCCACGGCUAUGAGGGCUUGCUCUUACCCGGCGGCCGUAUCAUGAUGGGACGCUGGCUCGAUUUGAAGAACAUGGAUGCCAGCGGCCGAGGCCCGUUCAUUUUCUGGGACCUGUGA